AUGAUCGUGGAUGUAUCAGGUGAAGCAGACGACAGUAAUAACCAGGCUGCUGAAAGUGAGGGACAGAGCAGCAGAAAACGAAAACACGACGACCCGGAGGAAAAGGAUGUUGAAAUGAGCUACGAGCCUACACAGGAGGACAUUCGUAUGAUUUUGGCUGCCAGUGAGGGCAAUUUGGAGGAAAUCAAAACCCUCAACAACGAGUGUCUAGGUGACAUUUGUUUUCAGGACCCCAAGACAGGCAUGAGUGUGCUGAUGGCAGCAGCUGGAUCCGGCCACGCCGACGUUGUUCGCUACUUACUGGAGGAAGGUGCUCCGUGGAAUGCCGUCGAUCGACAGUACCGUUGUGCCGGCGAUUACGCCGCAAUGAACCACCACCAGGCCAUCAUCGACAUCAUUUUGAACCACGCGGUCAUUUCAGAGCUGCUUUUGUCGAUUGCCACCCCCGCCGACGAGGUCGCGCCCACCAACCUCCCUUCGGCCGAAGAGGGCGCGGCCAUUAGAGCCGGUUUCGCGGAAACAGGUAACGACGGGUCCGCACUCGCAGAGACCAAACUCAACGCCGCGUACCUGGCCAGUCGCCUGGAGUACACCCCAAGGGGUGACCGCCUGGUGGACACCAGCACCCAACUGGCCGUCAUGAUGGACUGGGAGAAGCCGCUGAUGGCGCACCACGCCGCGUGGAUUUGCUUCGCGACGCCCUCCGACGACACGACGCGUCCGGAGCAGCUUCGGACGCUCAACGUGGGCUUCGGAAUGGGCAUCGUGGACGCCGAGAUCAUGAAGCACAAACCCGCCCACCACACCAUCAUCGAGGCCCACCCACAGGUGUUGGAGAAGAUGGCAGCCGACGGUUGGAUGGACCGUGCGGACGUCGAGGUUUGCAGAGGUCGCUGGCAGGAUGUGCUUCCACAGUUGGCCGCGGAGAUCGAGUCCGGUCAGAGGCCUGCCUUCGAUGGUGUCUUCUUCGACACCUACGCGGAAGAUGACCGGGAUUUGAACAACUUCCAUAGAUUCCUUCCUCGCAUCAUGUCCCAGCAUCCCAGGGCGCGCUACUCGUACUACAAUGGAAUGUGCCCAGACAACGUCUUCUUCCACGGGGUCGCCUGCGAAACCACACGACUACGUCUUGAAAGAAACAACUGUUACUGUCAGUAUUACUACUACCAUCACCACUACUGCUACCACUACUACUACUACUACAACCACUACUACUACCACCACCACCACAAAUACUGCUUUCACCACUACUACAACUGCCACUACUACUACUACCACCACUACCACUACUGCAACCACCACUACUAUUACUGCCACUACUACUACUACCACCACUACUACUAUUACUGCCAACACAACUACUAUCACCACUACCACCUCCAUCACCACAUAAAUUCGCACACUUUAUCACUUGGCUUCGCCUGCAACUUCGUGCCGAUGCCCGUGAAGGAGGUCGCCGACCCGGCGCUGUGGGAGAACCUCUCCAGACGCUACUGGCACUUCGACACGUACUUCCUGCCCCAGUGCACACGACGACCCGCCUCCCCAAAACCCGACGACAACCCCUCCCCCGCCCAGGAAUAA